AUGGUCCAAAUGCCAACUAAUAUGCCAAAGAGCCACGUAACGAAAGAACAUGGAGCGAAAGAGGCGGCAUCGGAGACUGUCAAUGAAAUGUUGUCGGAAGCUGAACAAGUGCGUCGUCGUAAUAAUGUCGGUGACGCUAGUCGUCGUACAUUGGAUCAAAUUCAAGAAGAUGCACGGAAUCUAGGAGAAUAUGCGCGUGGCAAAAUGCACCAUAUGAAUGAAAUGAUGCGUGAGGCUGCAGCUUCGGCUCGAGAACAGACGGGACUACCAAACUCUGCACCGGUGUCAACCGAUGCGAUGAGUGAAACGGUGAUGGAUUCACUCAAGACUGCAAGCGAGAAACUGAGUGAUGAAAUUAGUGACCUUGGGGAACGUGUUGAAAGUGUCAGGGCUCGUGUUGCGCAAUCGAUGCAUGCUGCUGGAGGAAAAGCUAAGGAUACUUUGUAUCAGAGCACGGAAGCGGCCAAGAAUGUUGGUGAACGCGAGUAUUGUUUGCCAUUGCCCACGGACCGUAUCUGUGCGCGGCAUGUGGCAAUUGUCGGCAUUCCGUUGCUUGCCUUGUUUUUGUUAAUGAUGGUGCGUCGUCGCUUCCCGAAGAAGUGGCAAGCCAGCGUGGACAAGAUGAAACAACCACGCACCAUGUUGGCACGGGACAUGCCGUCUAGCGAGAAGCUUAAGGCAAAAAUGGAAGGCAUUGCUGAGACUCUUGGAGACAAGGUUGAGUACAGUAAGCAGUGUGGCAGUGGACUGGUGGAGCAAGCGCGCAGCAAGUACGGACAGAUGGAAAAUAAGAAGGACCAGUAA